GCCAAAUUAGGGGAUAUAUAAAUUACAAUACAAUUGAUUACAGACUUUUUAUUCCAAAGUUUUAAAUUCAAGUAUAUAUGUAAAAAAAAAUGAUCAUGCCCUCUGAUGUAUUGUCUGAAGAAAAACAUAAUUUAAUGCACACGUUUGCAAAGAGUCAGAACUUCCAACAGGUUAUAAUUUGCAACAUCAAACCUAGCAAUUUUGGUAUGUAACGUUGUUUUUUUUAAUAUCUCAGUUGCACCCAUCGUCGCGAAUUACGACUAAUAUGUACGGUAUUAUCCCAGAGUAAUGCAGACUGUAGGUCUUGGUUUGAGACGCUUUAGAUGAAAAUUACAAAUGUACGCAACAAUGUAAUCUUCAAACAGUUGUCUGCGAAAUUGAAGAAAUGUAUUAGACUCCAUUUUUCGUUAAAACCGGGAUUUCAGUGGGGUACCUUUGCAAACAAAACCAGUAAGGGUGCUUGUCGUGACCUCUAUAUUAAAUCUUUUGUCAACUGCAUGACGUCAAUGUUCGAAAUCCUCGGGCCACCGUACAAGUUAAAUAUCUGGACUUAAACCGUUUUCAUAGCAGCGCAUUAUAUGAAGUAUUCAAAAAUUUAAAAAAAUGUUUACAGUGCUUUCGAACAUUGAAAUUUUAAGGUCCUGUUACAGUUAUGGCCGAAAAUAGUCUAGUACUUCAUUUAACAUCUGGUUUUCCCCCUUUUCACUGUAAAUUGAAACGCGUGAUUUUCUAAUAAAAGAGGCGUUGAACGGAAGUCAACUAGCUAAAUACGUUAAACCGUCAUUGUUGACCUUCUAAUGAAAACUAUAAGAAUGACAGAUGAUGGUACCUUACUGCUAUAGGAAGAGAGUCGCUUCACUCAAACAAAAUUAAACAAUGAAUCUGAGCGUGAAUCCCUCGUCAAAUAGGCCAGACGAAGAGGUUUCAAGGGUCGGCAUCCUGAAUACAAGUACUGAAUCACUGCAGAAGAAAGAAUUCGUCAGCGUACUUCACUCCGAGCUUUUGCCGUCCCUGGUUUAUGUCUCUCUUCUUCUGCCCCUCGGAGUAACCGGAAAUAUCCUAACCUGCUGCGUCUACAACCGGAAAUGGGAGAGGAAACGCAAAGUGUCUACUUUAUUCAUAUUGACUCUUGCUUGGGUCGACCUGUUGAACUGUCUGUCUACGAUGCCUUUCGAGAUUGCGUUGUUGGUGAAUAUCACAUCGUUUGACUACCCAAUUCUCUGCAAAAUCUCCCGUUGGCUGACAUAUCAUCUGAAUUGUUUUUCUACUAUGAUCCUGCUCGGCAUUGCGUUGGACCGAUUAUUUGGCAUCAGAUACACGUUUAAAAGAUCAUUAUUUGGAAUCACGCGAUGUAAAAUUUACCUUGCUUUCUCUUUCGUUAUUGCUGUUCUAACGACUUGGCCGGCUUUGUUUCUUUUUGGAACAUAUACCAAUGUUCACCAUGGUAUCCUCUCAAAAACCUGUCUCAUAGACGACGAUUACAUUUUAAACCAAAAAUCCAUUAAACCUUUCUGGCAUGGAAUCUACUUAAUUGUGUCUACUCUUGUUGUAGACAUUGUUUUGAUAGUAAUUUACUCAAUGAUUGGUUGUUCCAUUCACCAGAGUCGUAGAAAUUCCUUUAGAUUUCGCCGUAGUGGAAGGUUUGCUUCCUCGAUCUCAUUUAAAAGGUGUUCAAUAGACUCGUGUUGCUGCAAUACUAAAAACAAUUUCAGCUGUUCUAGCUGUAGAAUCAAAGCACAGAACGCACUGACAGACAUAGACGAAAAUCUCGAAGAUGACGUGUUUGUUGAUAGUCCCAGAACCCCGAGAGUCCAAAACAAACUACAGUCAAGCAGUUCUUUUAAUUCGGGAAGCAAUCGUAGUAGUAGCUAUUAUAGUGACCAAGUAGUACCAGCGAAAAUAUCACCAACUGAGAAAGGGCAACAAUCAUUUAGAAACUCGUUCUCGCGAAAAAGAACGACCAGAGCGCCAUCUACCGGUUCAAGAUUAAGUCAGUGUUCCAGAAGAAAGUUGAGGUUUGAGUCCUUAUCCAAUGAGAGUAUGAGGUUUGGGCCUCGUUCUGGUACAAGGAAGACCCUGGUGAUGCUAUGUGUUGUGACCGCUGUGUACAUACUGACGUUUCUGCCUUAUUGCGUCAUCGUUAUUCUUAGGUACACGUCCCCCGGGUUGUAUCUAAGACUCACUAGACCACAGAAGAACAUUUAUCAGCUGUUUAUUAGAUCGUACAUGCUCAGUAUGUCCACGAACUCAAUCGUCUAUAGUUUUGUGAAUAAUAAUUUCAGACAGGAGUGCUAUCUAGUGAUUAAAUCAGGACUAUCUGCAUUCAAUUCUCGGAAGACUCGUUAUUCUGUUAAUUCUUGACUUCUUUCUGUCUCCAAAUUUUUUUUCAUUUUUAGGAAAUUUCAGAUUCAAAAUAAAAUAUUAUUGACUAUUAUUCAUUACGCUUAAAUAAGAUGCUAGCUUAUCUCAAUUUUGUUUAACAUUGGACACUGGAUUAUUUCGGUCUUUUUAUACAUUUGGUAUGUUAUAGCAUGGAUUGAUUUCCUUAUGACGUCAUGACGUUGAUUGCGUUUGCCAGGUUC